GGUCGGCCUGGCGACCUCCUCGCCCGCGACUUUCGCUGCCUCUUGGACCUACACGCGGUCUUGCUGAAGAAGAUUUAGCAGAGGUCCCAAGAGACUCCUGGCAAAGCAGGCGGCGGGGAAGGCGAAAGAGCGCCAAAACUCUCGCUCGCUCACCCCCGGCUCCUGCUCAUCCGGCAGCCCCGCGUCCUGCACUGGGACGUCCGGCACCGGCGCCUGGUUCGAGCGCUUGUUUGCAGGGGGGUCGAGAGCGAGUCGGAACGCGCUGCGGUCUGGCCCCGGGGAGGACUGAGCUAGCGCGCGGCCAGGGUGGUCCCGGGACACCCCCAAGACCAAGAUGCUUGAAUUGGAUGAGAUCUUUAAUGCUCCAAGUGAUGAUGAAGAUUUUCUUGGUUUUGAACCUGAUGUUCCCAUGGAAACACUGUCACUGGAGGAUAGCUCUGAAAGUCUUGAUUCAUUAGAUUCAAGAAAAAAGUCCCAAUACCUGACUAAGGAGCUGAGAAGCAUUUUCACUGAAGACACAGAUUCAGAAAAUGAAAUGUUUGAAGGUUUUUCUUCAAGUGAGCCAGAAGUGGUGGAUUCUGAUCUGAGCAAUGAUGCUUUACCUAUGGCAACAGCUGAGGAGAAGGAGGAGACAAGAAGAGCUUCCCCUCAGAGAAGGAGCUUUGGCUUUCGUGUGGCAUUGCAAUUUCCCACUAAGAAGUCUGCUGAGAAGAGGGUCCCUGACAAAGUUGACUCCAAGUUCUCCUUGAAGGACAGUAAACACCCUUAUGCCCUCACAGAAAUAAAAAAGGAUAAACCCUGGAAGAAACUAGGCCAGGAGGCCUCCUCAGAGUCUGAAGAAGAUGUUAAAGAGGCAUCAAAAGAUACCUCUGGAGCCCUGCUUAAAAGAGCUAUGAACAUCAAAGAAAAUAAAGCCAUGCUUGCUCAGUUAUUAGCAGAACUGAAUUCUAUACCUGAUUUGUUUCCAGUGAAAACACCUACAUCAACUCCUUCUAAACAGAAGAAAACACCAAAGAGAAUGUUUUCAGAAGGCCAGAUAGAGCGUCGUACUAACCCAACCAGGAAUGCUCGUCCCCGGGAGAACUUUGCCUUGGAAAACGUUACUUUUUCUGCUGUCAGAUUUGCUGAACAGCUUCACAAUUACAGACGACAGAACAAUUUACAGAAAAGACUAAAAGAGGACAGUUUGAAGGUGCCCAAAAGAAGACGAUCAUCAAAAUACUGUACAUUCCGACCAGUUGAAGACAUUACUGAUGAGGAUUUGGAAAACAUUGCAAUAACAGUGAAAGAUAAAAUCUAUGAUAAGGUCUUGGGAAGUACAUGCCAUCAGUGUCGACAGAAGACAAUUGACACAAAGACCAUUUGUCGCAAUGAUGGUUGUGGAGGUGUGAGAGGACAGUUCUGUGGACCAUGUCUCCGAAAUCGCUAUGGAGAAGAUGUAAAAUCUGCACUUCUAGACCCAGAUUGGAUAUGUCCUCCUUGCCGAGGGAUCUGCAAUUGCAGCUACUGUCGCAAACGUGAUGGCCGUUGUGCUACAGGGAUGCUUAUUCAUCUAGCAAAGUUCUAUGGUUAUGACAAUGUGAAAGAAUAUCUGGAAAGCUUGCAAAAGCAACUUGCAGAGAGCAACUGAAGAUACCGGAAGUAGCUGUGCAACAUUCAUAACUGAAGAUGUCCUUUUUUUUUUACUAUUUUAAAGCAGAGUUUGAGAUUUUAACAUUUUAUUACAGUGGUGUUUGUAAAAUAUAGAAAUGUAGAUAGAAGCAAUUCGGUUGCUUUAAAAAAAAUUGAUGUUGACUGUACUACAAGGAUUUCUCAUAUGUCUACACGUUAUACAUUCAUUUUUCCACAAUAUACUGGGAUUUGAUUUCUGUGAAACUGACAAAAACUGGAGUUUAAUUCAGUUUCCAUUCAUUUCAGCAGAGCCUGAACUGGAAAAGGACAUCUGGAUUGUGCUGCUUCAGAGCAGAAUCCAGCUGUGAAUAGUUGAUUUUCAACAGCUGGCAAAUCUAUCAGAGCUAUUCCCAAUUGCUUUAGAAAUAUUUCAAACUAAUGCGUUCGAUUUUACAAAUUUAGGACGGAGUACUGUGUUAUUGGCUCUGAGAGAAUUGUCCCAGCAUCCUACAGGUUCCAUUGUCUAUUUGUCCCAACAGUUUUCUCUUUCAGCAUCUGAAUUAAAUAAAAUCCCACCUAAAAUUAUUGAAAUUGAAAUUAAAACACAAUAACAUGACUUUCAGCUGGUACUUUUUGUGCUUGUUCCCGUCUUGAAAAUUUUUUCUACAUUCUGCAAGGAUCAACUAUCUCUUCCGUUGCACAGUGUCCAGAAAUCCUAACACACAGCUUGAUCCCUGUCAACAUUUUUGAGUGGUUCAGUAGAUUGUAAAUAUCAUGUGCCUUGUAAGCAAAAUUGAAUUGUGUCCAAGUCUUCUGAUGUCACAUAAAUUGGUACUGUGUUAAUAUACUGCUUGUGAAUUAAGACAUCUGUGUUAAUAUACUGCUUGUGAAUGUGAAAGAAAGUUCAGAAUCUGAAAGAAAGCCACAGUGGCCAAGAGACAGAGGGAAUAUUACUCAUUAUGUGGUGAAUCUAUUUCCAUAUGCAAUAUUCUGGUUGUUAUAGCUAUUUAUCAGUCACAGUAAGAUUAAUUUAUACACUGGAGUAUUUAAAUUAAACUUUAUUUUGAUAGUUUUCUAUACUGUUGUUAUAAUGAGCAAGAGAAACACAUUUUUCAAGACCCCUACCUUUAAAAGAAAGAAAAUAGCUUUAGAGUAUUUUUGAGAUAGAAGUUACAUACAGAGUUGAAUACUCUAAAUACUUAUCCAGUUUGGACUUUUAGAGGCAGGUGCUUCUGUAUUGUUAAAUUUUGUAUUUUGCAUUAGAGAUGCACAGCUUUGCUGUGCAUCUACGACUACGACACACUGAGUUUUUUUGUGAUACUAAGAAGUAACGUUUUGGCAUAAUGUCUAGAUUAUGAUUGAAUGGGAGCAGAGCUCUCCUAAUUUGGCUUGCGUAGCAAAGGCUGGGAUCUAUUAGAUAGAUGUGCUAAACUGCUAGGAGCAAGGCUACUCCUGCAAGCACCCACUUGGCUGGCUUUUCUUUCGUUUUCAGGUUAAAAGUCCAGACAUAAGUGGGCCCUCUAUUUUUUGUUUUAUAUACUGGACAUUUAUAAAUGUGCUUAGUUUCUUGCCUCUCCAUUGGAAUUGCUCUUACAAAGAUUACUGGCAUGGCAGGAGUUAGGUCCUUCAGACGUGCUUCAGCGAUGGCUCCUGUUUGGUUAUCCCAUCUCGCUCCUAUAACCAGAGAAACAUGCAGUUUUUGUUACUUGCAUAAAAGUAAAUAUUAAUGAAUAGCUCAAGAGAAUACCAGCAAUUGAAUGUAUCUGUCAGGUUAUUUCCAAGUUUGCAGUAAAUACAGCCAGCAUUACUUGAGGUAAGCUGUGACUUACAGAGUUCAAAUUUAGCUUCUGUUUAUUCUGGAAGCAGGGGAAUUCUAUGGUUCAUCAGGGGAAAUUCUUUGCAGUCAGUAUUGGUAAGGUGUUGGAUCCAGACUAAAUUUUCUAUCAGUGGAAUAGAACUCUCCUGCUUCCACCCUCAUAGGGAAUAGAUGACACUCAGGGACACUAUGAGAGGGGUCUGCAGUGGCAAGGAGAAAUUGGUGGAAAUGGCAAAUUUAGUAUGGAUCCAUCUCCACAUAAUAUUAGUAGUAACAAAAGACUAGGAAGCAUUAUUGUUCUCCUUACCUAGUCCCAUGUAUUCUACCUGGGCUGCACAAUAACCCCAGUAAGGUUGAGGAGAAAUAAGGUAAGCCAGCAGAAGUUGGCAAGUUCUGUUGGUUCCUUUCACCAUUAUUUGACCCAAUAGAAAGUAUUUUUUAAUCUGCUCAGAAUCUGAUCGACCUAUAAAUGGGCAGUUAAAUCCAAGUUCGUCAUGGAUUUACAACACCCCAAAUCCCUUUGUUGACUUGGAUGAGUUGGCUAUAGCAACCGCUCUGAUAAUGGAGGCAGGGGACACUCUGGCCAGGGAAGUUUAGCCAGACUUGAGGGAAAACAGGUUCACUGCAAGAGGAAGUUGCCUUUCCCUGUCGUGAGCUGGUUGCUACCCUCCGUCAACCACAGAGUUUCAGCAGGUCAGGGAUGCCAAGUAGCUUUCAUACAUUACCUUCCAUAAAAAGUCCAAAAAUAUAUGCUCCUUCCCUUGGUGGGUGGCCAUAAUCAUCUCUAUUUUUUUUAGUAACAUCUGUUGUUAGACACAUCUUAUCCAGAGACCAGUUGUUCCUUCGUGCCAUGCUCUGCAUGAUGGCUUUCAAGAAGAAAGGGUUAGUAUGUGAAUAGUCUAUAUAUAAUCUUAUGACCUAAGAACAGAUAAUUAAUUUUAAAAUAAUAAUUUCCUUAUCUUCCCAACCGUAGCAUAACGAUAAAUCCACACUUUCUCAAAAAUACUGUCCCAUUGUUUCUUGAGUCACACAGGUUUGUUAUACAAAAGUACUGCAGAAGUAGUGCGAAGAAAUAACACCAUGCUUCCACAUGGACUGUACAUAGGCAUUCAAGCAGGGUACUGAAAUCGGCUCUCAUCUCUACCAGGCAGUUGGUUGAUGACAGCGACAGUUCUACUCUGGCUGGCUUUCCUGUCCGUUUCCAUCCCUUUCCACCCUUCCUGUUUCUUUUCCUUCCUUCCUCUCCCCUCUGCUUUUCCUUUUCUUAUUUCUUCCUCUUCCUGGAUUGCUCUCCUUGCAAUUGUUAUCAGUACUAAUUUUAUAGGGGUGCUGCCUUUAAUUUUAACAUUUGAUAAGGAUAAGGGGUGUUUUAUUUAACUGCAUAUUUUACUGGCUGUCAGCUGCCCUGAGGCUGACUUUGGUAAGGAAUGGGUGAGGUAAAAAUCUAUUAAACACAUUUAUCUCAA